AUGGACGACUCCAGAGAUGAUGAUCUGGAAGAUGACAGCUCGCGUCCACUCCUGGCGGAUGAGGCUGCGUCUGACCCCUCGUUCAGGCCCAAUUUUCCCCACAAGAUAUCACGAUCGCAAUUUUACGCAGCUCUGCCAGCGCUAGUUCUGGGUAUCCUCCUCUAUGCUGCGGAUAACAUUUUGGAGCUGGCUGCCUUUCCCAGGAUUGGCUCGGAGUUGCACCAAUUGCGGCAUGUGGCAUGGCUCAGUAUUACUUAUGGUGUCAGCGUUGCAGCUGUGCAGCCACUCUAUAGUCGCCUCUCGGACAUCUAUGGCAGGAAGACAUUACUCCUUGCGAGCUAUAUGUUUUUUACGGUGGGCAUUAUACUCUGUGCGAUCAGUUACAAUUUUUGGAUGCUUGUCAUUGCCAGAUUGGUGGUCGGAGCUGGUGCAGCGGGGCUCGGCUAUAUGGUCUCCCUGAUCUUUAAUGAUAUCAUAUCGCUUCAAGACAGAUCAUCGUGGCAAAGCGCUCUACAGUUCUUCGUCUUCACUGGACAAUUAAUUGGAGGCACAAUGGGUGGUCUCGUCGUCGAUCGAAUCGGCUGGAGAUGGGCUUUCGCCCUCGAGCUUCCUGUGGCUAUACUAGGAUUCGUUUUCGUCUUCAUAACGGUCCAAUUGCCACCAUUGCCAAGUCAGAGAAUUCAAAUCGAUCAGCCAGGUGAUAGCAUUGUCCGCCCUCAGCAAAAACUAUCUUUCGAUAUAUAUGGAGCAAUGGCCCUUGCUUCGUUCGUCGCAACGUUGGUCCUUGCACUGAGUAUGGGUGGUAAUGACGUGCCUUGGUCUCACCCUGCCAUCCCUACGCUUCUAGUGCUGAGCGGAUUGUCCUUCGUCUUUUUUCUAAUCAUUGAAAGGCGUACCUUGGAUACCCCAUUGGUUCCUUUAUACCUUGUGGUUCGGAGAUCUAUUUGGCCUCUAUUCGUAAUAACAUUCUUCAAGGAUAUGGCGUUCAUGACACUAUUAUACCUCACAUCACUGUAUAGCAACCUCACAGGCCAUCGCACCACUACUGUUGGGGGCUUACUCGUGACAACGAUAGCCAUUGGUACGGCGGCCGGCAAUCUAGUCGCCGGUCUGUACAUCCGUCGUUUUGGCCGCCUCAAGGAUUUACUUAUAGGUUCAAUGGUGAUGUUACUCGCAGCAGCGAUCGCGAUUCGUCUACGCUGGAACGGCUCGGAACCAGUGGUGGAAGCCGGUUCCGAGAUUCUCGUAUGCGGUAUAUGCAAUGGCAUCAUCAUUGGCACUCUCCUCGUCGGCUUGUUGAAAAGUGUUGAUAGCACUGACAAAGCGGCAGCAUAUGGAGCCCUGCAUCUUUGCACCGCGGUUGCAAACCUGGUAGCACUGUCGGUGAUUACGGCAAUCACACAGUCUAGGAGUCGACUCUAUAUGGCAGAAGCCUUGAGGGACAGGAAUGCUGAGAAUAUACCCGAGAUCAUCACAGCGUGCGUUGAGAGCCUACAGUGCCUCGAGGCAUUGCCGCCUUAUAUCCAGGUAGCGGUACGAGAGUCCUACGUAAAGGGAAUAAGUGAUGGUUUCACUUUCAUCUGUGUCAACGUCUUGGUGUCUUUCUUAUUCUCUCUGGUCACCAGCAACUACAAGAUCAAUGCUGAAGAGUGA